UACAAGAUGAAUAGGUGUGUCUUGAACAUGAAACUGGAGAAAGUGAAUUAGAGCUUCAGAGCUGCAGCGUGUGCGUAGUCUCUAUACAGCUUUAUAUGCAACAGCACUUAUCUUUGCAUGCGUCUCAGUUUAUAUUUGUGGACAUUAAACUCUAAGGAUUUUGUGCUUCUUGGUUACUCUUGACGGUUCCCGAUUCAACAAUGAAGCACUUGUGGAACACCACAAACAACUGCUCCAUCACCGAGUUCAAACAUACCAUCUAUCCAGCUACAUAUUUGUUCAUCUUUUUCCUUGGGCUUUUUGCCAACCUCAUAUCUCUAUACUUCUUCAUUAAAACAUGGAAAACAAAGAGGGCUUUCUCUCCAGUCAACAUCCUAAUGGUCAAUCUCCUCAUGUCCGACCUGAUGAUGGUGUGCUCGCUACCGCUUCGAGCCGCGUACUACCUCAUGGACUCCCACUGGGCCUUUGGAGACGUCACCUGCCGGAUCAUGGCCUACGUGUUUUACGUCAACAUGUACGGCAGCAUUUAUUUCCUUAUGGUGCUGAGCAUAGUUCGCUUCGUGGGCAUUGUGAAGCCAUUCAUAUAUAUGCACUGGCAAAGCUCUCAGAGAGCCUGGAUAAUUUGCAUCAUCGUCUGGUUGAUCAUGUCCGUAGCCUCAAUUCCACUUUUGAGAGCAGGAACUUCUGAGGACCAGGAUGGACAUAUAAAAUGUUUGGAGCUGGACUCGUCCGUGUUGCAGACCAUUAUCGUACUGAAUCGCAGUGUCUUGUUUGUAGGCUUUGUAAUGCCUUUCACAGUCAUUUCUGUUUGUUACAUUUUUGCUGCGUUGUAUUUGUUAAAGCUGAAGAAGGCUAGAAAGAGAUCUCAGUUAAAUCACAAGAAGUCUUGCUCUCUUGUGAUCAUAGUGCUUCUCAUUUUUCUCACGUGCUUCAUGCCGUAUCACGUGGUCCGAACUAUCUUCUUGGAGGCUGAGAUGGAUGUCCAAAAGAACGGUUACGGAGACUCCUGCUUUUACAUUCAACGCCUGAGAGAGGCUGCGGUCAUCACACAUUGUCUGGCUUCAGGAAACAGUUGCCUGGAUCCACUGCUUUUCUUUUUCGCGGGUGAAAACUUUAUUAGCUUUUGGCGUGAGAAUACAUCAAGGCGGCAAAGCUGUACAAUAGACCAGAAUGUAAAAGUUAUGGUGAAGUGCCAGACACUAUCAGUCGGUUAAGACUGGUUUAGUGUGUUUGGGACCUGUCGGGACUUGAGGGGAAAGAAGGUAGAUUCCCCAAAUUCCUAAAUGGCAGACAAUAUAUGCAAGAGUGAUAUCUUCCUAUGGGAAAGAAAAAUCUCAAUCUCUUAAAAGUGGCACAGGGAGAUUAUCUGUUUGUCCUACCAAUGGAAGAUGGAGGGAGCGAUGAAACUUUAUGUCUUAUGUCUUUUUGUUUAUGUCACGUUUGAGACAAGGCAGGCAAGGAAGCAGAUCCAAAUGCAACUUUGUUUAUUAAAAUAAACAGGUAUGGGAAGAGAUAAACACAGACACAUAACCCAGCACAUAGACAUAAACAACGACUGACAAAAGACAAAGCCAACACUAGUAGGGCUAUAGGAUACACUCAAAGGAUAACAAGAAAACGAGAAAUACAUGGGGAACAAUCUCACAAGGCCCAAUAAAACAAAAGAACUACAAGGAACUACAAAAAUGGCAGACAGAAACAUAACUUCAAAAUAAAAGUACAGGACCGGGAACACAGAACAGGAAUAAACUAAAAGUCCAAAGACACAGAGACAGGGCCGUGACAGAUUAAUAACAAUUAUUGUUUUUGCAAUGUUGAGUGAUGCUGCAGGAGUUUCACACAUAUUAUGUUGUUUCUUGUAGACACAAAUGAGUUUCAGAAGAGAUCUCUACCAUGUCUGACACUUUGCUCAUGCACUUUAAAAAAAAAUAAGGUCUGUGAUUUCAAAAUAAACUGAAACAUUUCUAACAGAAGACCAAAUGAUCUGAGCGCAAUACAAAUUUAUUUUAUUAUUAUAUUAUUUUAUUACUUUAUAUUUCUCUUAAAGAAUGCAUUUUUCCUGGUAAUGUAAUUUUAAAUUUUUGUAAAUAUCAGCACAUUGCACGUAGUUGUCCAGUUGUGUAUUUCAUGUAGACACUGUAAAUUAAAAUUGUCUAUAUAUAGUUUUGUAUAAAACAGUUCCAGUCCUUGAUUUUGAUUGGUCAAUAGCUGUGGUUUAUUUACAAUAAAACACAGCUAUGAUCGCUACACCCAACAAUUCUGUGUAUAACCCUAACCACGUAACUCUUAUUAGUAAUCACCAUUUGCAACGUAAACAUAUUGGGGUGGUUUCCCAGACAGGGAUAAUCUUAAACCAGGACUAAGCCUUAGUUUAAUUAGGUAAUAUAACUACUUUUAACAAACACGCCUUACUACAAACAUUGGCAUGCAUUUUGAGGCAAAAUUAAGGGCACUGAUGCAUUUUAGGAUAUGUCAGUGAUGAAAGUUGUUUUCAGUUUGGACAGCUCUUACAUUUAUUUUAGUCUAGGACUAGUCUAAUCCGCCCCAUUAUGUGAAAUAUUCUUUUGCUUUUCACAGUCGGUCAGGGACAAUUUUCCCAGCGAAAGAAAGGCUCUUAGUUAAUUCAUGCAAGUUGGGUUAUAAUUUUUUUUUUGCUUCCAUUUUUUGUGUGGUAGUGCUGCGUUGUGUGAAUAAAUCACGACUGAAGGGAGAAUGUACCGCAUGUUUUUGAA